UUCAAUGCACGUUAAUGAGGGGCAACUUGAAUAAGCAAAAGUGUUCUUAAUCACAGAAGCACCUGCCAACCGAACGCCCGAACGUCCAAGCAUUGGAGCCAAGCGAGGAUCUGAAACACACGCACAGCGUCGUUGGAAACACGGGGAAUUCGCAUUCAUCAAGGCAGAGGCUUGAGCUACAAUCUAAAUAACAACUUGCAAUAGCCUCGGUCAUCCAGAAAAGACACGUGACUGACAGCAGUACUCGCCAGUGAAACAUUAUUGGCAGGUCGUUCUGUCACUGCCGGUGUACUGUGAGUGUAAACCGGGUACAUGGGUGGAGAAAAAACAUAACUUCCCGCAGUGUCCGCGGCUGGUUUUCACAUCUGUCUUUUGUACCACUAGGACUACUGCAUCUGUUGUGCACGGUGUGGAAGUUCUUUAUUGUUUUAAACACAGCGGCGUCCACCUGCUUCUUCAUCAUGGACUGGUUCUAUCAGCGAUUCCACAAAGACUCGCUUUCUCUAACCAUUCCCCGUCCUGGAUGUGUUUCAAUUUUCCUGGUGAUGCUGCUGUCGUUGGUGGUGUACCCGGUUCUGAAGACUGUGAGUCUGCAGCUGCACUCUGCAUUCACAGGGAGCUACGUUUCAGGGUUCAAUUCCGUAGCCCUUAUAAGCUGUCCGAAUGAGCAGGUGGCAAAGGACAUUGCCAGAGCUGUAAUGGAGAAGAGACUGGCUGCUGGUGUGAACAUUUUACCAAAGAGCUCUUCCAUGUACUACUGGAAAGGUGAAAUUGAAGAAGCUACUGAAAUCCCGCUGCUGAUAAAGACAAGGACUUCAAACAUCCCCAAACUGUCAGAGUAUGUGAGGUCCAUCCAUCCUUUUGAGGUCCCUGAAAUAAUUAGCUUUCCGAUCGAUCAGGGAAACCCACUUUUCAUGAAGUGGAUAGAGGAAGCAGUUCGAGACGAAUGAUCCCCGGACCAACAGGGCCGUUCCCAGCACGUGGGGCUUGAAGCCAGGACAAUGUAGAGAACAGAGACCAAACCAGAUUAUCUUUCUGCAAACCGAGAUGUCUUUAAUGAUCUUUUUAAAUUGUGUUUCUUACCUGUUCUUCUAUAUCGACUCACCGCUGUAAGGAGGACUGAAAAUCAUCAAUCAAUCUCUGUUCCAGCUGUCAAGCCAGCUGCCUCUUCACCUGCUGAACCAAAGUAAUGAAUGCUCCCAAGCUACGGAACUCUGGAGGCAACAUUCCAUCCUUAGAAUGUUCCUGCCCGUGCUCUUUGGGCACUUAACCAGUAGGGGUCACUGUAAGAUGGUAAGAUGGACUGUACUGAUAGUUUUCCUCACUACAGUCAAAGCAGCGCUCCUUGUGGGCCCAGAGAUUUGCACUUUUGAGCCAGCAGGAUUCAUUGCUCGCCAUGCACCUGGCAAUGCCUACAAUAGAAACCACCAGAUAUCUUUAUUUUUGUGGAAAGGCGGAAGGCAGUCUAACUCUGUUGACUGAAUGACACCGUUCUCACGCAGCUCUCCGGAAAUAUUUAGAAGAGAGUUCAGCUUUCAGUUCUGCUUCGUGGUUUAAAAAAAAAAGAAUCUAUGCUAAUGUUAACAUUCUUUGUUUAAGCCACAGAAACCCCUUAAUCAUUUACACUGGAGCUCUUGUGGAGCAAAUCAUACAGCUCUAUGUAUAUUUGCCAUGACAAAUCCCCCUAUGUUUUAUAUUGACAGCUUCACCUUUGUUCAAGUUUAAAGUUUGUUUGAAUAUGCGGCAGUUAUUCACCAGGGACCAGCACAAACUUAGUCAAAGAGGAUGAAUGGACUUUUAAAGGGAAACAGGUUUGAUUUUAUGUGUAAACAUGGUACUGAACUCUCACCAUGUUUGCUAUGAAUAAAACCCUUGUCAACAUUGAAGCAAUUUCAACUUGACGUGUUACCUUCUUUUUAAACUUACAGACUUCACACUGCUAUUGCAGUAUAGGACAGAUAACUCCACUCAGAUGACUAAAUCAAUAUCCUAGUUAUCUUUCUGUAAAGUUACUUAGCGCUGAGUUAAACACACAUACAAUUAGAAAAGUCAAGAGGACAGAUGUCUUGGCAAAUGUGUUAUUAGUUACCUAUUUAAACUUGACUCAUAAUUUAUGAUUGAGUGUUUGAAGUGUAUGGACACAUGUUCAAGCAUAUUUAUACAACGUCUUUAUUUAUUAGAUGUAUUUAAUAAAAUAGAAUUUGAAGCUUUAA